AGCCUUUGAUCUCUGCUCUCAUGCUAACGGCAUAUUCAUCUUCCCUUGGUAAAUCAUUUCAUCGCCAAAACGAGAAGAAUAUCCGCGCCAGAAGAGGGCUUGCAUUCAGAUGAGAGACUCGAGUCUCGCCUUGGGAGCCCUAAAUUUAGGGGUUCUACGGAUCUAAAGGAACAAUGCACUGUUGUUCGCUUGCAUCCCCAUUAUCGUCACCGCCGCCCAGUCAAACCCCCCCUAUUAUGAUAUGACUUUGGGAGUCUACCUAGUGGUACCUGCACUUAUGGCCGCCAGCUCAUAACCUAUCAUAUAACGUCAAUCUGGCUUUGCGGGCCUGGCGAGCUGUGCGACCGGGGGUGAUAGGGCCCAUUGAAACCAAGCCUUUCAAUUUUGUUUGGAUCGCUGGAUCGGUAACCCGGUGCCUUGUGUCACGUAUGGGGUUCACAUCCCCGGCUAGUGGCACCCAGCACACGGUCAAGAUCUCACCCUGGUGGUGGACCUCUGCUGUGUCCGUGUUGUUCUGGAGUGCUUCUUUGCUUUUUCGUCGGUUGUCGAGUGAGUGCCUAUGAUUAAGUUCUCCGUGGGGUGGGUAGGAGAGGUUGGCUGAGGGAUCGGGGCACAAGGGUUUCUCCUCAGGGGGUUGAGGGGCCUCUCAGUUAUUUCAUAAAUUUAAUGCACACUUGUCUGUACAACCUUUAAGAUCCCCUAUUUCUAGUAUCACGGAGAGCCGCGUGUUCGGUGGAGCUCCCGGGAGCUCCCUUCGCUCGUUUUGCUUAUGGACUACACCCCUUCUAAGAAGCAUAACGAUUUAUGCUUUCUACCGCAGCGAUGCUCGAGCACACCACUGUUGUGCAGAUUACAUGGAGGAAAUUUGUAUAGUAGGGUUAACAACCGGAGGCUCAUCGUGUCACCUCGGAAACUCAUCCUCUUGUUUAUCCAGCCUUGUUCUAAACAGGGCUGGGGUACCUAAAUUUGCUGGGGCGGUCGACAGAAACGAUUUCCGGUAGGAAUUUACUUCUUAAUAUAUACAUAGAACCCCAACAUAGCCCUAGCACAAUCCCGUCGUUGGAGGACCGUCUACGGUAAUCCACGACUGCGUGGUAUGAUACUGGUAUCUGGUGGUGCCAUCAAUAUUCUGGAAUACUAAUACUUAUGGUCUCCCUUCUGCUAUGACCGCUUUACAAGAUCUCACGCAAACAAUACUUAUUAAGGUCUUUGCACCACAACGGAGGCAGUUUUAGAAACCCACAAUACCGCACUGUACGAGUAAUUGCCCGUCGGGUGCUCGCAUGGCCUUACUGAUUUAGACGAACUCUCCGUUGGUGGUGUUGGGCACAAGGAGAGUAUCAAAAGCUGUCGAUUUCCCCGCGCCCUGUUUAUCCUAGACUCAGACUGUUCCAUUCAGAACGCCCGUUCCGGGCUAGGGCCUCAGCGCCUGUAUUACAACGGGUACUGAUGUGUCAGGUUGGCAUCGAAAGUCUCAAUUGCCUGAGCGAGAUCAAUCUGAUAUAGGGCCAACUGCCGGCCGGUCGGCUGUGGUGGCCAUGUCUUGAGGGAGAUCCCAAACAAAUUUUGGGGAGAAACUGAGAGAAAUCUCACCAAAUCUGGGGGAUGGCUAUCGGGAAAAGCUUCCAACUUCCCGGGAGAGGAUUUCUAAAGCUAAGUUAUCGCAGAGGGUAAUCCAACCAACAUUUGAUACAAAACCCCGGUAAUCCAUUUCGUUGGACUCAGGAUGAAUUGAUGGUGCCGAGAAAGAUUUUUUUUUUCUUUUUAGCGAGUAUGCGUGAUCGGUGGUGGGCUCUGAUACACACGAGACCGGUAGUCGCCGGGUGCGUGGGGAAAGUUGUAGGUGUAACAAGGUCUACUCAGCGCAUCUGUUGAAACGCCUCGUUGUGGGUGCAAUUACUUGCUCAGGGGGUUCGACGGGGAGAGGAGGGGGAGAAACAAAGCUAUGCAGGUGCUUUAUUGGCGCGCUUUUGUCGAAUAGUUUGAAGAUCAAGAGUAUGCGUUUUUAUAUAAACACGUAUUCAGA